AUGUUGACAUCACAAUGGGUGUGCCGUCGUUGUAUAAAAGCUCUGGCACAACCUCGAAAUCGCCCAUUCUUGCGAUUAGCUAGCACGGAUGCGCAAACAAACCUACCGCCUAUCCUCCUCCAACGUGCACGAAACCUCUGCGCCGAACAUGACAAACUCGCAAGCGCCCUCCUGAAGGAGUACGACUCCAAGAUCGCCAAGCGCGUGGGUGAAUUAUCGCGCGUCGCAGCCGCCCUGAAGAAAUGGGACGCCGCCCAAUCCUCGAUACUGGAGCUUAAUGCUCUGCUGGAAUCGCAAGAUGCCGAGUUACGCCAACUAGCCAAGGACGAGUUAUCGACCACCAAUGCCAACAUAGGCACCUUGGCCACUGCUCUGUCGGCCUCGCUUACCCCGCGCGACCCCUUUGCAGAUAUGCCCUGCUUGCUCGAGAUACGACCGGGCCCAGGCGGAAUGGAGGGCCGCUAUUUCGCCGACACCAUACUUCGUAUGUACAAGAUGUACUGUAUACGAAAGGGCAUACGCGCCAACGUGUUGAAGCGUGAGGUGGUCGACGGCGCCGAGUCUACCAUGCUAGGCAUAAGCGAAUCCCCGUUGCAAGAAGCAGUCCUACAGAUCCUAGACCCCGGCGCGUAUGACUUGUUCCGAGGAGAAGCGGGCAUGCACAGAGUCCAACGCGUGCCGUGCACCGAAGCGAUGGGGCGUACGCAUACAAGUGCCGUAGCUGUGUGGGUGCUCCCUCUGUUCUCCGACGAUGAGUCCGCCAUGCCGAACGAAAUGAGUUUGAAAGACCCGAAUAGUAUAUUCUACGUGGAUCCGAAGGACGUCAGGGAAGAGAAGAUGCGGGCUAGCGGCGCCGGCGGCCAGCACGUCAACAAGACGGAGAGCGCGAUCCGGCUGACGCAUGAGCCGACGGGUAUCACGGUGUCGAUGCAAGAUUCGCGAUCACAGCAUCGAAAUCGCCACGACGCAUGGUUGCUUUUGCGAUCGCGCAUCGGUCAGCGUAGAAGGGAAGAACGGGAGGAACAAGCGGCGGCGUUGAGGAAUAGCGUGUUAAGCCAAGAUAAGAUCUCACGCACCGGCAAGAUCCGGACGUAUGCCUACGCCCAGGACCGGUGCACAGAUCACAGGGGCGGACUGGAUGUUCAUAACCUACGGGACGUAUUAGAAGGCGGAGAGUUGCUGGAUAAGCUCAUGGAUAGCACGAAGGAAUGGCUCGUUGCGAGAGAUAUUGCAGCUCUUAUUGCCGAGGAAGAAGCGGCUGCGGCACCUCCAGGGAAGAAAUCGAAGAAAUAA